CGUGCUACGCGGCGUGGGGCGGGCCUGGAACGUGACACCAGAUCGCUUAAAGGGCCAGGGUCAGCUGACCGACUCCGAACCUGGUCCAAGCCCGGGGGUCGUGGUGGCGGCCACCGCAAGGGAGCAAUGACAGCGGGCCGAACCGCCACAGGACCCCCGAGCAGACCCGGGGCACCGCAUCUUUUUGGGUUCUGGGGGUCCUGUAGGGUUCAGGUAUUUGCCACGACCAUCCUUCUGUUGUUGUCUCUGGCGGGAUUCGGGGCCACAGCGGAGAAUGAUUUCAGUCUGGUGCGGCCGCUGGUGACCAUGGAGCAGCUGCUGUGGGUGAGUGGGAAGCAGAUCGGGGCUGUGGAUACCUUUCGCAUCCCGCUCAUCGCAGUCACCCCACGAGGCACUCUCCUGGCCUUUGCUGAGGCCAGAAAAAUGUCUUCGUCGGACGAGGGAGCCAAGUUCAUCGCUCUGCGGAGAUCCGUGGACCAGGGCAGCACUUGGUCUCCUACAGCCUUCAUUGUAGACGAUGGGGAGACCCCCGAUGGGCUGAACCUAGGGGCAGUGGUGAGCGAUAAUGAGACGGGAGUGGUCUUCCUCUUCUACUCCCUCUGUGCUCACAAGACUGGCUGCCAGGUAUCCUCCACCAUGUUGGUGUGGAGCAAGGACGAUGGCCUCUCCUGGAGCCCACCCCGGAACCUCUCCUUGGAUAUUGGAACGGAGAUGUUUGCCCCCGGACCCGGCUCUGGCAUUCAGAAACAGCGGGAGCCGAAGAAGGGUCGGCUCAUUGUGUGUGGCCACAGGACAUUGGAGCAGGAUGGGGUCUUCUGCCUCCUCAGUGAUGACCAUGGUGCCUCGUGGAAGUAUGGGACUGGGAUAAAUGGCAUCCCCUAUGGCCAGCCCAAGCGGAAUUAUGAUUUCAACCCUGAUGAGUGUCAGCCCUAUGAGCUCCCUGAUGGCUCCGUCGUCAUUAAUGCCCGGAACCAGAACAACUACCACUGCCGCUGCCGAAUCGUCCUCCGCAGCUACGAUGCCUGUGACACACUGAAGAUGCGUGACGUGACCUUUGACACUGAGCUCAUAGACCCCGUAGUGGCCGCAGGAGCUGUGGCCACCAGCUCUGGCAUUAUCUUCUUCUCUAACCCCGCCCACACAGAGUUCAGGGUGAACCUGACCCUGCGCUGGAGCUUCAGCAACGGCACCUCAUGGCGAAAGGAGACUGUACAGCUAUGGCCAGGGCCCAGCGGCUACUCCUCACUGGCUGCCCUGGAAGGCAGCCUGGCCGGGGAGAACCGGGCCCCCCAGCUCUACGUCCUGUAUGAGAAAGGCCGGAACCAGUACACAGAGAGCAUCUCCCUGGCCAAAGUCAGCGUCUAUGGGACACUCUGAGGGGCCAAUGGCCGGAAGGGGUGGCCUGCCGUGGGUCUGAGAUCCAUUAGAGGGGAGCUAGUCCACCUUCCUGCAGGCACAAGCUUUUUGCAAAGCCAGCUUCUCUUGGGCAGGGACAUCACUUCUUUAGGACUUGUGGGCUGGAAAGUCCAGCUUCCGCGACCCACACAGGAGGUGCUGCCCUUACCUGAGAGUGCUCCCCACACUGGGCUGGGUCUGGUCCCCGGCCUCCUUCGGCACCAUCACCUCCACCCCCAGGACAGUGAUUGGUCUUUGGGCAGGGCUUGUUGGACCGGAGGAUGGAGUAAAUGUGAACUCAGGGAACUGGGGAAGACGGAGCUUCUCUCAGGGCUCAGAUACCAACCCAGAGAGGUCUGGUGAAAGUCGCAGGCCGGGGUUUCAGGGUAAGAGACUAGAUGCACCAUCUGAUCUAUUUAUAAAUCAAGAUUUUGUAACUUAAUGUUUUUAAUGAAGGAGAGUGAACAUU